GGAUCUGUUCAUUUUCUAACUAGAUCUUCACAUUUUCGUUCCUUUCAUCCUUUUGUUUGUUAAUUUCUGGGUUUUUCGAAUUGCUUGUUGCGUUUCUUCUGCCAUUCUGUAAUCUCAUCCAUAAUCGGUCCUCGCCGCCAAUUUUUCUAUCUUUAACGUGGGAUUGGGAUUUCUCCGCAACAUUAAACAUGCCUGCUCAAAAGGUUGAAACGGGUCAUCAAGAUACGGUUCAUGAUGUUGCAAUGGAUUACUAUGGCAAGAGGCUGGCUACAGCCUCAUCUGAUCACACCAUUAAGAUAAUUGGGGUUAGCAACACGGCUUCUCAGCAUCUAGCAACGCUCACUGGUCACCAAGGACCCGUUUGGCAGGUGGCGUGGGCUCACCCUAAAUUUGGAUCUCUACUUGCCUCGUGUUCAUAUGAUGGGCGUGUUAUUGUAUGGAAGGAGGGUAACCAAAAUGAAUGGACUCAAGCUCAUGUCUUUGAUGAACACAAGUCAUCUAUCAAUUCAGUGGUUUGGGCGCCUCACGAGUUGGGUCUUUGCUUGGCUUGUGGUUCAUCGGAUGGGAAUAUCUCGGUGUUCACCGCGAGAGCAGAUGGUGGCUGGGACACUUCAAGGAUUGACCAGGCUCACCCUGUUGGUGUCACUUCUGUGUCGUGGGCUCCAUCGAUGGCACCUGGUGCGCUUGUAGGUGCUGGAUUGCUUGAUCCUGUACAUAAGCUAUGCUCAGGUGGUUGUGAUAAUACUGUGAAGGUAUGGAAGCUGAACAAUGGACUUUGGAAGAUGGACUGCUUUCCUGCUCUUCAGAUGCAUACAGAUUGGGUUCGAGAUGUUGCUUGGGCACCCAAUUUGGGACUUCCCAAAUCUACGAUUGCUAGUGCUUCCCAGGAUGGUAAAGUUAUUAUUUGGACUGUGGCCAGGGAAGGAGAUCAAUGGGAAGGCAAGAUUUUGAACGAUUUCAAGACCCCCGUUUGGAGGGUUUCAUGGUCAUUGACAGGAAACAUAUUGGCUGUGGCCGAUGGGAACAACAAUGUUACAUUAUGGAAGGAAGCUGUAGAUGGAGAGUGGCAACAGGUGACCACUGUGGAACCCUAGGAUCUGAUAUUUGAAGUCUUGUUUGUUAAUUUGAGAUUAUGGUUAGAAAUUUCUUAAAAUAUAAUUGACAUCUUGUUUCUUCGCAUAUUAUACAGUUGAGCAAUUGUGCUUUGUAAUGCCAUUACGUCCUUAGAACUUUGUGAUCCAAUGAACAUUCUGUGCUUGCAAGAAUUAAGUUGAUUAGCCUGAUUUGUUUUUUCCUUUAUACAUGAUAACGAUUCUG